CGACGCUCGCCGCUCGCCGCCGCCGCCGCGCCGCCAGUGUCAGCCUCCCUCUGGAGACUCCAUUUGCCCUCAGGGCGGUCUGGCCCCCGCGAAGGCAGGCGGAGAGCGAUGCCCCCGGCCCGCGGACGGGCGUCCCUUGUGCCCAGCGCCCGCUCGCUCGCUGGCUGGCCGCCGCGGUGACAGCCUGGUCGCCAGCGUCCACGGAGGAAUCCGGGCUCCCUCCCCGGGAGCAAAGACGUCCCGCGUUCCGGAGCUCGUCCUGCGGGGAGAGGCCCUCGCUAACACGGCUUCUCUCUGACCUCUUAAUUUCAGGAGGUUUCCGAGGCUCCGAGUGCCUAUACAGCCCCCGACAGGAACUACUUCUGUUGGCCCAUCGAGGAUCAUCUUUCACCAGGAUUUUUGUAACAUCUUCACUGAGCCUUCCACCCCAUACCCUCUACCAUGAGCCCUGAUUUCUGCCAAUGAAGUUUUUUGGUGCUUUAACCACGUGACACCAUUUCUUGUCCACCUUUUUCCCUUUUCAGUUGCCAAAUACAUUAGGUAGAAGUUCGUGUCGUGUUAAAGUACAAAGUUUUGCCUGUCCACUUUCAGCUUAUUUGCACCGCUUACCUCUGUCCAGCUUGCCAUACCUUGCUUGCCUGUGAUUUCCAUAACCACUCACUUGCGUAACCUAUAGCAGUCCUUGCCUGGAGGGGCAGCAUUCCAUACAGCGCACUGCCUGACAAGGACAGCAGUUAGGGGGUGGGUGAGUUCUUCCAUUCUAGUUCCCUGUCUGUCAAGGCUGCAAGUCCUGUCUGAAACUAUUUACUCCCUAGCACGUUUCCCCUAAUACUCUCCCCUGAGUCUCAGUUCCUUCAGCAUAGAACCUUGCCCGUAAUGACGGCAGGAAGAAUUAGGUAUGCAGUAGGGCUGUCUUAGAGACUUUGCUGGUCUGGCAUUGGUUGCCAUCUCUGUUGAAAUUGCAAUUCACGAAAUGAUCUUAAACUCAGUGGGAAAGAAGCAAGCUAGAAGAUAGGAGUAAUUGGAGCUAGUCCUUAUUGAAAGAACUUUGAAAGUUUUAAAGCAGCCAAGCGAAGAGAGUCACAUAAGCCUUGCCUAGAAAUUGGCCAGCACACUUGUCCAUCUAGAUUCAAAGGGUGAGGAAAGGGAUCUUAAAACACCAUUUUCUAGUCUCAUUGUGCUCAAAUCUACGUUGUUAAAUAUCUUGUUCUAGUAAUCGCCUAAAAUAUUACACCCUUAAGAUGUUGGGGAAACGUAAGCGUGUGGUGUUGACAAUUAAGGACAAGCUUGACAUUAUUAAGAAACUUGAGGAAGGCAUCUCUUUCAAAAAACUUUCUGUGGUGUAUGGAAUUGGUGAAUCCACAGUUCGUGAUAUUAAAAAGAACAAGGAAAGGAUAAUAAACUAUGCAAACAGUUCAGAUCCUACAAGUGGGGUUUCCAAACGUAAAUCUAUGAAGUCAUCAACAUAUGAGGAACUCGACAGAGUUAUGAUAGAGUGGUUUAACCAACAGAAAACAGAUGGGAUUCCAGUGUCCGGAACGAUUUGUGCAAAACAAGCCAAGUUCUUUUUUGACGCGCUGGGGAUGGAAGGUGAUUUUAAUGCAUCUUCUGGCUGGCUAACUCGAUUUAAGCAGCGCCACGGUAUUCCAAAGGCUGCUGGUAAAGGAACAAAAUUGAAAGGAGAUGAAACUGCUGCCAGUGAGUUUUGUGGUAACUUUCAGGAAUUUGUUGAGAGAGAGAAUCUACAACCAGAGCAAAUUUAUGGUGCUGAUCAAACUGGAUUGUUCUGGAAAUGUCUGCCAUCAAGGACAUUAGCUCUUGAAACUGAGCAGAGUACCUCUGGUUAUCGGUCAAGCAGGGAGAGAAUCAUUAUUAUGUGUUGCGCCAAUGCCACAGGUUUACACAAACUUAAUCUGUGUGUUGUGGGAAAAGCAAAAAAACCCCGUGCGUUCAAGGGUGCUGACCUUUCAAACCUUCCUGUCACUUACUUCAGUCAAAAAAGUGCAUGGAUAGAACAUUCUGUUUUCAGGCAGUGGUUUGAAAAAUACUUUGUGCCACAGGUACAGAAGCAUUUGAAAUCCAAGGGUCUUCUAGAAAAAGCAGUGCUUCUUUUGGAUUUCCCCCCGGCACAUCCAAAUGAAGAAUUGUUGAGUUCAGAUGAUGGCAGAAUAAUUGUGAAAUAUUUACCACCAAACGUCACAAGUCUAAUUCAACCUAUGAGCCAAGGAGUUCUAGCCACAGUAAAAAGAUACUACCGAGCAGGACUUCUUCAGAAAUACAUGGACGAAGGAAUUGACCCAAAAAUGUUCUGGAAGAACUUGACAGUGUUGGAUGCCAUUUAUGAAGUGUCAAGAGCUUGGAAUAUGGUAAAAUCAAGUACUAUAACCAAAGCAUGGAAAAAACUUUUCCCUGGCAAUGAAGAGAAUUCAGGCAUGAAUAUUGAUGAAGGAGCCAUUUUAGCAGCUAACUUAGCAACCGUUUUACACAACACAGAAGACUGUGAGCAUGUUGACAUCGAGAAUAUUGACCAGUGGUUUGACUCCCGGAGUAACGACUCUAGCUGUCAGGUGCUAACUGACAGUGAAGGUGCGGAGGACCAGGCCAAGCCUGCUGAACACAAGCCUUUCAGUAAGACUAGGAAAACAGAACUGAAUCCAGAGAAGCAUAUUAGCCAUAAAGCUGCCCUUGAAUGGACCGAAAAUUUACUCGACUACCUUGAACAACAAGAUGACAUGCUUCUGUCUGACAAACUGGUAUUGCGGAGGCUUCGAACGAUAAUAAGAAGAAAACAGAAGAUCCAGAAUAGCAAAAGUCAUUAAUAAUGCUCUUAAGGGCUUCAGUGGAUUUGCAUCGUUGUGACUUUAUCUGCAGUGGAACUUAAUUAUCUUGUUUGAAAUGCUGUGGAUUUCAAGGCCAAAUACAUUUUAUAAAUGACUGUAGGAUUAGAUGCCGUUUUGGAUUACUUAAAUCACUGCGCUUUCAUGUCGAUUCUAGGAAGUGAGCCUUGACCUGUACCUUGUCCGUCCCGUUUCUAAUCUGUAUUAUACUAAUUAGAUCAUAAGGUACCUGAGGCCAGGGAUUUUGUGUCUGUUUUGUGCCUGAAUUUCAUUAUGUCUAAUAGAGGACCAUGCACACUGUAGGCAAUCAAUAAAUCUGACUUAAAUUGAA